AUUUUUAUCGCAGUUUAAUUUUUAAUUUAAUUCAUCAAAAAAUAAGCAAAAAGUCUAUUAAAAACUAGUUGAUUUACUGUUCUAUGGCUUUAUUUCGAUCAGUCUUAACAAGUGGAAGCAGAUUAAUAUCAAGAAAUAUAAGAAUGUCAGUGAAUUUACAUGAAAAAGCAGCAGAAGCGAUGGAGAAAAUGAAGGAAGACAAUCCAUACUUUGAAAAGUAUGCAGCUAAGAUUGCCAAGCUUCAAAAAACGUCACCGGAAGAAUUUUUAUCAAAGAUCCAGCAGACAAAAGAUGAAGAAAAAAAAAAGGAAGAACAGGAGAAAAGAGACUAUUCAGAAUUGAUGAAUCCAAAAAAGAAGAUUGAAACUAAGUCAGAGCUGCCAUAUAAAAAGCUCGAGGAUGUCAUGAAAGUCGAGUUAAUGGAAGGAAAGACAGUUGAGGAGAUUAAAGCAAUUUGGAUUGAAUAUCACGUACUUAAAGAUUCAAUUGCUGCUGUUAUUCCAUCAGAAGUGUUUGAUUUAAUGAUGGAAAGAGCUAAAAAGUAUCCAAUUUUUAUCCUCCCAAUUCCUCGAUCGCAAGGCUUUGAAUUUAUCAUGUUCCAGUUUGCAGCCAAUACCAUCCAUUUUACUCCACUGCUUUGCUAUCAAGUCCAUAAAGAAAAUGCACCAGAAUGCCUGAAUAUCGUUCAUUACACAGAAUUCAAGGAUAAAGGCGUUGUCUUAAUGCGCGGUGAAUAUGACUCAAAAGUCUUGACUGUCCAAGAAGCUCAAUGCCUGGCGAAUCAAUUUAAGAUGUACUAUACCGACAAUAAUCCAAAGAAGUUGGAACUUCUGGAAACUUUCACUAAGACACCUGAAAAGUUUAAGCACAUGGAUGUAAUUAGGGAACUAGAAAACUUACAACUUAGUUAAAGUUGUUAUAAAAAUAAAAAAGUAAAAUGAGUUCUGAGCAGGGACUAAAAUGUAUGAAAAAAAUCAUUG